CACUGCGCCACCAGGGAAGCCCUGUCAUGAUUUUUAGUUGUCCAGCACGGUUGACCUUCAAGGAUGUGGUCAUCGAAUUCUCUCCAGAAGAGUGGGAAUGCCUGGACCCUGCUCAGAGGGCCUUGUAUAGGGACGUGAUGGUGGAGACCUACAGGAACCUGAUCUCUGUAGAUCUCUCUCAUAUACACGUGAUCAAGAAAUUACAACUAAAAUCAAACACUGAUGUAGGAGAAAUAUUCCCAACAGUGAUGUUGGGAAGCCAUGGAAGCUGUGAAAUCAAGCAUUUUUACCUACAGGAAAUACAGGAGAAUAUGCAUGACCUUGGGGGUCAGUGGAGAGAUGAUGAAAGAAAUUACAAAAAUAUCCCUACAUCCCCUAAUGAAGAUAUCACUUAUAGAAGAGUUCGACAUGGUGGAAGGGAUUCAGGAAAGAAGCCGAUUGCAAAUAGGCUGGCAUUAUGCUUUUCGGAGGAACUGCGUAUGUUUAAAAGUAAACAGAAAAUCUAUGAAUUUCAUCAAGCUGAUAAGAGCAUCAGCAAUAGUACCUCAUUUUCACCAUCUCAAGAAAUUUCUCCUACUGGCCAAUCCACAAUUUCUAAUAUACAUGGGAGUGAUUUUAUGCAUCUUUCAAUACUGACAGAAGACCAGAAAGCACACAGGGCAAGUCCUUACAAAUGUAAUAAGUAUGGGAAAACCUCUCCUAAAGGCUCAAACCUCAGUAGAUAUCAGAGAAUCCACACAGGAGAGAAAUUGCGUAAAUGUGAUGUGUGUGACAAAGUCUUUAGUCGAAAUUCACACCUUGUAAGUCAUAAGAGGGUUCAUACUGGAGAGAAACCUUAUAAAUGUAAUGAGUGUGGCAAGAGGUUUAGUCAAAAUUCACAUCUUACAAGUCAUCAGAGAAUUCAUACUGGAGAGAUGCCUUAUAAAUGUAAUGUGUGUGGGAAGACCAUUUAUUCUGCCUCAGGCCUCAGGAGACAUAUGAUAAUCCAUAGAGAAGCUAAACAAUAUAAAUGUGAUGUAUGUGGCAAAGUCUUUAAUCAGAAUGCAGUCCUUGCAGUUCAUCACAGAAUUCAUACUGGAGAGAAACCUUACAAAUGUGGUGAAUGUGGCAGUGUCUUUAGUCAAAAAACACACCUUACAAGUCAUCUGGUAACUCAUACUGGAGAGAAACCUCACAAAUGUAAUGAGUGUGGCAAGUUUUUUCGGGAUAAGAGAACCUUUACAAGGCAUCAACAGAUUCAUACUGCAGUGAAACCUUACAGAUGUAAUGAGUGUGGGAAGUUCUUUCGUGAGAAGCCAACCCUUACAAGGCAUCAGCAAGUUCACACUGGAGAAAAACCUUACAAAUGUAAUGAGUGUGGCAGAGUCUUUAGUCAAAAUUCAAACCUUGCACGUCAUCAGAGAAUUCAUAAUGGUGAGAAACCUUACAGAUGUAAUCAGUGUGGCAAGCUCUUUAAUCGAAAAGGAAACCUUGCAGUUCAUCAGAGAAUUCAUACUGGAGAGAAGCCUUACAAAUGUAGUGAGUGUGGCAAAGUGUUUAGUAAAAAUUCAAACCUUGUGUGUCAUCAGAGAAUUCAUACUGGGGAGAAACCUUACAAAUGUAAUGAGUGUGGCAAAGUCUUUCGUUACAAACAACGUCUUCGAAUUCAUCACAGACUACAUAAUGGAUAGAAACCUUGCAAAUGUAUCGAGUGUGGAAAAGCCUUUACUCAGGUCUCAACCUUUGCUACACAUCAGAAAAUCCAUACUUAAGAAAAACCAUAUAAAUGUAUGUGGAAAGGUCUUCAAAAUUCAAACUUGAAAAAAAUAUUAAAAUGUGAAAAUUCACACCUUACAAUUCUUUGGCGAAAUCACAAUGGGGAGAAACUACAAGUAUCAUGAGUGUUGUAAAGUUUUUGUGUGUGCAGCCUCUCUUACCGCCAGAUAAUCUAUAAUGGAAAGAAACCUUGCAAGUAUAAUGACUGUCUACAUGUGUUUAAUCAAAAUUCAUACCUUAUAACCUGCCCAAGAAUUCAUACUGGAGAGAAACCUUGCAAAUGUAAUGAGUGUGGCAAAUUCUUCAGUGUGCUUUUAAGCCUAACUGAACAUCAGGUAAUCCAUGAUCUUGAGAGAGUUUAACAGUGUAGUGAAGUGUCAAGGCAUUUAGUAGGUGUCCACAUUUUCGGCUUUAUUAGAAUACUUAUUCUGGAAAGAAACCAGAUAAAUGUAAUUAUUGUGGCCAGGUCUUUAGAAAAGGAAUUUAUUCACCAAGUAAUUCAUUCUGGAGAUUACCUCACAGAUGUUAUGAAUGGGAAAACCUUUCCUUGGGGCUAACAGCUCACCAGGCAUCAGAUAAUUUGUGCUGGAUUGUUAUGAAAUUAUUCCUCCUACGUUUGCAUCUUUGCCACUGUACUAUUGUCUGUCCCAGAGAAAUCCCUGUUUGAGGUGGGAGCACUUUCCGCACUUCUCAUAGACUCUGCCUCUUAGUCUCAAGCAGCAAAAUACCCCUCUUAUUGUUUCCUGGUGCCAGGACUACCUGCUUAGCAUUUUGUAACAGUGUUUGGGGGAGAAGGUGACAGCCAGUCUCUGUGAUGUGUUUGUGAUUCGGACGUAACCGUUUUCUAGAACUGCAACAUAACUUCAGCGGAAGUGCAAGGAUAGUGCACACUUUGUGUGGUGAGAACGUUUCUGCAAAACUUUGUUUCCAGUUGCCAAUUCCCUCAAACAACUACAAGUUGCUAAUGAACAUCACUGCAGUGUAGCAGAGACUCUUCCUUUUCCUUGACCCCUUAUUUUCUUAGUUUACACAUUUUUCUUUUACUUUCUUGAGCUUUCACCAAUAUGAUAUUACAUUUUAAAUUUCAAUUUCAUUUGUAAUUUUCUAGUAUAUAGAAUUGUGAUCGAUUUUUGCAUGUUCUACUUGUGUCCUGAUACCUUGUAAAUUAUUCUUUUUCCAGAAAUGUUUGUAGGUUCUUUUGUUUUUCUACAAACACCAUGUAAUUAAAUUUCCUAUUUAUGCUGUACGAAAUUACCACAGAGUGCCUUAAGUAAACAGAUUUAUUCUCUUC